AGGUCAGGCAGUCCCAAUAAACCAAACACUCAUGGGUGGCCUUAGUUGCCGUUUGAAUCGUGUGUUACUCCUUACACUUGCACUUGUACUAGGUUACUACAAAUAUUCAAGUGCCUUGGAUUAAUUUUGUAGAUUCGGAGAAGUUGUUGUAUUGUUGUCAUUGUCCUGAAAAGGGAUUAUGUCUGGCAUAGGUAUUCUCAGGCGGCUGACUCCCACCACUAAAUGUGUGACUAACGUUGUCUUGAAAUCUCGCAAAGCACCUGCUUCUUUCUUUCACUCAUCCCCUGAUUCUACAGUGGAAGUACAUUCACAAGAAGAGGAAGUAGUAAUUGCCUUGGGAAGCAAUGUGGGUAACAGGCUUAACAAUUUUGAUGAAGCCCUUCAGCUGAUGAGGAGAUCAGGAAUCGAUAUAAUGAGGCAUGGUUGUCUGUAUGAAACUGAGCCUGCUUAUGUUACUGAGCAACCUCGAUUCCUCAACUCUGCCAUUAGAGGUGUUACAAAACUUGGUCCUCACGAGUUAUUGGGAGUGCUUAAAAAAAUCGAGAAGGAUAUGGGUCGUACCGGUGGUAUAAGAUAUGGGCCAAGACCAAUAGACUUGGAUAUAUUGCUAUAUGGUAAACACAGGAUUCAUUCGGAAACUCUAAUUGUUCCCCACGAACGAAUAUGGGAAAGACCAUUUGUGAUGGCUCCGCUGGUCGAUUUAUUGGGAUCUAAUGUAGACAGUGAUGUUGUCGCCUGUUGGCAUUCCUAUUCAAUACAUCCUGGUGGGAUUUUUGAAUCAUGGGAAAAACUUGGUGGCCAAUCUUUGAUUGGAAAGGAUGGGAUGAAAAGGGUGUUACCAGUUGGGAAUAGCUUAUGGGACUGGUCUGUAAAAACCUCUGUCAUGGGUAUAUUAAAUGUUACUCCAGAUAGCUUUAGCGAUGGAGGAAAGUACCAGUCUGUGGAGGAUGCAGUUUCACAGGCUCGAAUGAUGAUAUUGCAAGGGGCCGAUAUAAUUGAUAUUGGUGCGCAAUCAACCCGUCCAAUGGCAUCUAGGAUUUCACCUGAGGAGGAACUGGAUAGACUAAUUCCAGUCUUAGAGACCAUAUUAAAAAUGCCCGAGGCAGAAGGGAAGCUUCUGUCUGUGGAUACAUUCUAUUCGCAAGUUGCAUCUGAGGCUGUCAGUAAAGGUGCUCAUUUUGUGAAUGAUGUUUCCGGUGGUCUGUUAGAUUCGAAGAUGCUUGAUGUUGUUGCAGAACUGAAGGUUCCUUAUGUUGCAAUGCACAUGAGGGGUAACCCCUCUACUAUGCAAAACAGUGAAAAUCUUCAGUAUGAUGAUGUUUGUAAGGAUGUUGCUUCUGAACUAUGUGUGCGUGUUCAAGAUGCAGAGUUGGCGGGCAUCCCAGCUUGGAAGAUUAUAAUUGACCCUGGAAUUGGUUUUUCAAAGAAAGUUGAACAUAAUUUGGACAUCCUUAUGGGUUUGCCAACUAUUCGAACAGAGAUUGCCAGGAAGAGCCUGGCUGUUUCUCAUGCGCCUCUAUUAAUUGGCCCUUCCAGAAAGAGAUUCUUGGGAGACAUAUGUUCUCGAUCUGCUGCAAGUGAUAGAGAUCCAGCAACUGUUGCUUCAGUUACCAUGGGGGUUUUGGGGGGCGCAAAUAUUGUGAGAGUUCACAAUGUUAAAGAUAACGUGGAUGCUGCAAGGCUUUGUGAUGCAAUGAUAGAAAGGAGAGCAUCUUUUGCAUGAUUGUGAGUAUUGUAGGUCGGAAUAUACUAGCCUUUGUGCUAGUGUAAACAAAGAGUAGUAUGCAGGUUUUGUUAAAAUGACCCAAAUAGAGUUUUUCACUUAUAUUUAAUAAGCAUGAACACUAGAGGAAUAUCUGUGGAGGAUGCAACCUUUGAUUGUCUUGUUGAUUGUUUUAUGAGAAAAGAGAUAAGUACACAUGGCUGAUCGAGUUGUAGAUGAGGUGGUGAUUGAUGGAUGUAUUUCGUUAUGUGACAGUUCAGAGGUCCAUAGGAGUGGGGUUUUGGACAGAAGAAAAGUAUAGGAAGAUCGGUAAUGGUCGAGUUGAUUGAAAAAUAUAUUGAAUCUGAGAGGCCUAAAGCAUUAGUAGGAAGUUUUUUUUUUAGAACAAGGUUUCGUCCAACACCUUUAUAAGAGUAUUGGAUCUUUGAAAGACUGUUGUUCUACUUGUGUUGUUUACAACAUUUAUAAAUAGGAUGCUUUUGAUGUAUCAGGUUAUUUUAUUAUAGAUGCGUUAUGAACUUCAUAUGAUUUACAUCAACUUCAGCAAUCAUGCUUCACAGUGACAAAAAUUAUUGUAUAAUGUCGUCUUCACUGUAAGUUACACUUGUACUCUUAGAUUUUAUUCUAUGUUUUCUUUUUCUUAGUACCUUGUGUUUUUGUGUAGAAGUAUGCAUCUAUGUAUAUAAUAAAUUCUGUUGCCUCUUUGCUACCGUAGCUUCACCCGCUUGAAACUUUACCCUUCAGCUUGCCAAGAAUUACAAUACUUCCACCGUUACUACUAUGCUAAUAAGUGGACAUCAGUCUACCACGUUAUUGUUUCCCACGUGCACUCACACGCACACAAAACCUACACACACAGAUUGUUUACCUCGAAGCUGCAGAGCAUAGAAGCGAAUGCAAGGCUUCUCCAGGAAGAUUUCUCUCCGCCGGCUGCAAGUACAACCCAGCACCUGCAAUUGGAUGAUCAAGAUUCCACCAGACCAUGGCAGUUGUUUACUUCCGAAGAUAUAAUCCUAGGUUACAAACCAAAGAGUGUUAGAAAGCGCAAGAAAUAUGGAGGGAAAAAGAAUAUCUCUGGAAAUUCGGCUAAUAGAUUUAGUUAUCCUCUUUCUCCGCUAUCUCCUCCUAACAGUGCAAAUACAUCAUACCCAACACAUGCAAUUCCUGGGACUGUUAAUCAAGGCAUCUCCAGUUUAUCAGUUGGAGGUACACAUAUAUGUGGCACUAAUUUUGUGAAAGCACAAUGUUCAUUUCAUUCUAAACUGAACGAUUUUGUCUGUUUGUGGCCUUGAGAAGAAGAGUUCUUUUACCAGGACUCCACCAGAACAUGCAAGUCCUGGGACUUUUAAUCAACGCAUCUCCAGUUUAUCAGAUGAAGAUGGGAGAUCUUUCUGUUGAGGUUAAUUAGUCUAGGAGAUUCGCAUUGCUGCUUAGGGGGACAAGGGGAAGGUUGUAGAAGCAAUUUCUGAAGCCUGGAGUUCUGAGUUAAACUUAUUUUCUCGAUGCAAUAUACGUGAUGCAGGACAGGAGCACAACUUCAGUUACAAGGUAAACCGAAUUGCUUUCUAUUGUCUGCAGUACUGUUAGAGGAUAUAUUGUUCAAUAGCUGUUGCAAUUACUUGGUAAGAAUUGUAGCUUGGUUGAGAAUGCAGUUACACAUUACUAUGUAUUAUUUCACCACUCCUAGCUUAAGUUUGAAAAAAUUGGUAUAGUUUUCUGUUUUUGCAUGUGAUAUCGGAGUAAAAUUUAGAUAGCAUUACAUAUGUUGGUCAGUUAGAAUGGACAGAUGGCUGAUAUAAUGAAAGACAAGGCCCAAGCUGCCAAGGACAAGGCCUCUGAAAUAGUUGGAUCUGCCAAGGACCGAACAGUGGAGUCCAAGGAUCAAACAGGCAGCUAUGUUUCGCACAAGGCAGGCGCGGUGAAGGACAUGACAUGCGAGACGGCUCAGGCGGCUAAGCAAUUUCGACUGAGAGAACCUUUUAUUCCGCGAGGAAUAGGAUGAUGGACUCUGAGAGGAAUGAGCUGCUAUAUGUUUCAAACUUGCUAUAUGUCUGUAAACAUCGUAAGAUAAUUUAAUGUCAGUUUUAUUUAUUAUACAAAACCCCUGCACCGCAGGCAUAAAUACUAGUUGUUGAUUGUUCCUUUUACUCCUUUUAGUCAAUGAGCAUAAUUGUGUACUAAAUUUUUUAAUUGAUUCUGCCCCAAAAUCAAGAUAACUUUACAAUUGUAUAUUUUUA